ACGCACACGCCAUCCUCCCCGUGCAAACCGCUAAUUUCCUUUUUUUCUCCACCACCUUUCUCGCCCCCUAUAAAUUCAGAUCCUUUCUUCUCCGUCUUAUUCCCAAACCCUCCCUUUCUCAACCAAUUCCAAAAGUUCCGUCUUUUCACAUCUCACCGGCGAUGAGCAAAACCCAGUCCAGCGCCGCCGGCAACCUUCUAAGCCGGUGCUUUCGAGCCCCUUACCGCGCCCUCUGCCGCGUGCGCGACCUGUACAUCCGGAGCAUGACCGGCUGCGCCGGUCGCAUGCAUUACGGCGACGCCAUGGUACCGAUUAGCUAUCCCUCCACCUCCGGGGUAAGCAUGUCUCGAAGCGGCACUCUCAAAAGUCAACCGUAUUCGUCCCACGAUGAAGACCUUAUUGAGCUCAUUCGCGCCGCCUCGCAGAGUCGUGCUCGCGCGGACGCCGCCGCUGAGGGGUCUGUCCGGCGAAGCCAGAGCGUCGCAGCCGUGAGAAUCGAUGAGGACGCGCCGUACGAGUUCGCCGGCGAUGUUAGAGUUGGUGGAAGUUUGAUUUUUCCACGGAGCCGAAGUCACGCCGUCGUCGGCGGGAGGACGGCGGCGAGUGCGGUUGGUUGGAAGUUUAAGGCUCCGUUUGAGGAAGCUUUGCCAUUCAAAAGACCCGUUGACUCCACAGGAGCUUUCUGAAACGUCUCUUUCUCCGGCGAUGAGUUUGAGUGCGAUGGAACGGAAGGGGAUGCCUUCUCAACGGGAGCCUAAUUAGGGAGUCAUUCGCUUCUCUGUUCCGAAUGAAGCUUUAAGAUUGGAAUUUGGGAGAUCUGAUGGUCACCAUCAGCUCUUUGCAAGAUUUUUUUUCUCUUUUUUUUUUUGGGACUGAAAUUUAGGGAUUUAGCUGUAAAAAGAUUUUUGUGUUCUUUUAUGAUUUUUAAUUUCAAAAUUCAAAUUUGGAACUUUUAUUAGGUGUAUAUAAAAAAUAUUACGAUGAUCGUAUGUGCGGAUUGGGGUAUACACGGGGGUGUACAUUAUGGGUCCGUUUGGGGCAGCUUGUGCGUUUCAGGAUAAACAAUAAGUUGUUUAUCCUGAAACGCGGCCCGCAGGCCGGCUACAGGGGUCGACCAGCGACCUGUGUUUAGUGUAAGAACUCAAACGCAGUUUCAGAUAAGCUGGUGAAACGCGCGAAUCAAACGGUACGACACCGCCGCCCGCACUUAUAAGCUGCCCCAAAUGGACCCUAUGUGUGCAACUUGAUUCACGUGUGCAGACAAGUGUAUGUAAUAUUUUCUUAAUAAUUAAAAUCUGAGUCGCAGCUGCAAUUGUUUAAUUUCAAUUUUUUUU